CUCAUAGAGCUUCAGAAUAGUUAUUAUGAUGUCGCUAUGCUUCCUUUAACUGGAAAGUGAAUGACUCGGAUGCUGGCCAUAAAGCCACCACCGCGGAGACAAACACGAGCAAACCUACAACUAAUAACAGUUACCUCGUCUUGCGCCCGCUACCGGGCUUACGUAUGGCUCUCCCUUCAUUCAAUUUCAGCAGGUACUCCUAACCUUUCCGCGACCACCAAAGCCUCUCUCGCUCUUAUAACUCCCUACGACAACAGCGCCCAAUUCCUCAUGCAUCCCCAUCGGGCGCUUGGCACAGGGGUAGCGCGCACGCUUCGCAUCUUCCGAUUGCGUGAGGUCGUGGGUUCAAAUCCCACAGUGUCCAUUGAAGAAUUCCGUGGCUUUUUCGAGGGUUGAAAAUAGGAUUUUCGAAAGGAGAGUGGAGGAGGAAGAGGUAGCGGACGCAUCUGCACCGACAGCAGCUUCGUCCAGUGCGAGAUUGUCGUUGAGCAGUUGCUGACGGUGCUCAUAAUGCCAGCCGUCGCUCAGAAAUCGAGGGUGCACAGCUUCAUAUUGACCAAGAAACCGUGCGUAGCUACUCUACAUAGCAGAGCAACCGCCCUCGAUGGCCUGGGGUACUUGUUUGGUGGAAGAAAACCCGCAUCGCUAGAGCGACGCAGACUUCAGAUGACUCCCGCCGA